UUCCGGUCUCAAACUGCUAUAAAUAGUAAAAAGCAAACUGCAUCUGCCCCACUGUGCUCAAACAUGAUUUGGUUUGUGGCUUUCCUGUCCUGCAUUGGACUGAUUUGUGCUGAAACACCCUUCAACCUUAAUGUGCACAAUGACAGGGUCAUAGGUGGCCACGAUGCUGAACCCCACGCCUGGAAAUGGCAGGCUUCCCUCCAGCAAGAUUCCUACGGUGAUGGUUAUUUCUACCACAUCUGUGGAGGCACUCUUAUUGAUGCUUUCCACAUAAUGACUGCAGCUCACUGUAUCCUCAGCAUGGAUGCCAAUUCGUAUCGUGUGGUGUUGGGCGAGCAUAACCUGUACGAGUAUGAAGGCAGUGAGCAGAUCCAUCGUGUGGCAAGGAUUAGUGUCCAUCCUGGCUGGAAUGGAGACCUUGGCAAGGGAAAUGAUAUUGCUGUCUUGAGACUGGCUGAUUCUGCGUAUGACAAUGGCUACGUGGCCCUCGCCAACCUCCCCUCCCCUGGCGAGAUGCUGCCUCAUGAUUAUACCUGUUACAUCACUGGCUGGGGACUUACGGACUACAUAGGCAGCGCCGUUGACAUCCUGCAGGUGGCGCCCAUUCGUAUCGUGGAACAUUCAGUGUGCUCCCGGCCUGAGUGGUGGGGCAGCAUUGCCUUGAGGACCAUGGUGUGUGCCGGAGGAGACGGAGUCAUUUCAGGCUGCCAGGGCGACUCUGGAGGCCCCCUGAACUGUUUCACGGACGGAUCCUGGAGAGUCCAUGGUGUUGUCAGUUACGGCCCAUCUGGCAUGUGCAACCAAGUGACUAAACCUACAGUCUUCACCAGAGUCUCCUCCUUCAAUAGCUGGCUCUCUUCAGUUAUGUAUUAAAGGGCACAGUGUAAUCUGUCAAAUGGAGCCUGGGAAAUAAAAUUAAUUUGCAUCUCA